AUGGGCUGGUACAAUAUUACCGACGACUACAUCAAGGAUGCAAAGAUCAACCUCCCAGUCUGCGAAAUUCUUGAAGUCAGAGAAAGAUGCGGUGGUACUCAACGAACUAUAGAUCGUAUUGAUCAGACCGGACAGCCAAUCCCAGUGUGGACGCUGAACGAGAAUAACGAAGAAGGCGUCCUUGCGAUUCUGUAUGCGAAUCCCAAAAGCCAGGCCCCCCCAAACAGCGCCGUCGGCAUCAUCAAAUAUCAUACUCUGUCCUCGAAAGCACAAAUCACCCUGCGCGGUACGGACCUGAGUAUGAAGCUCACGGACUACAGCCAUGGACAUGAAUUCAACUUCAACGGUUGCAAAUAUCGAUGGAUAAUGUCCAAGAAUACAAUGUCGACGAGUACUCUUUACCUCAAAGAUGGCAGCGAGCGAACUUUGGCGAGAUGGAGGCGAAAGCCUGAAGGUCGAGGUGGGGAUUCGAGUCCAAUCUUCGAGUUGUUUGUUCCCCCACAAGCUCUGGAUAUGGAUUUCUUCAUUGUCACCGGGUUAGCAUGUGCAGGAUACUGGAGAAAGGCAAACAAAGACUCGUUCAAGAUUAUUGGGAAAUUACUUGGAGGGAUUGAUAUGUAA